AUGGAAUCGGCGGGGGAGUGGCUGGAGAAGGCGCUGGUCGAGUUGUGCUCCAAGAUUGAAACUGGCUUGGGUUUAGGUUUGGAUCAAGAGAUAAUCAAAGGCCUUGUUUCUUACUGCGACCUUGCCCAGCCACCAGAUGCCAAAGAGUACCUUGACAAUAUAAUUGGUCAGGAAGCAGGGAAAACUGUGAUUGAAGAGUAUUUACGGCGAAGAGGUUAUUCAGCGUUCAGUGCCAACUCAGAUGUUCCAACUACCAAAUUACAUGCGUAUGUCAAACCGCCAUCUGUUGAGACAUCAGCUAGUGGAACUAAGAAAUCAUUUAGAGCACCAAAAGCAUCGGGCCGCAUCCAUCAAGCAGAACCCAGCAAGAGUUUGAUUAGCAGCAAGCAGGAAAAUCAGACUCCAACUGUUGGUAGUGAAUCAAGAACGUCACAAAAGGGUAACCAAGUGAAUUCCAAAAAGAAGAAAGCUGGGAAAGUUGUUUCACUUGCUGAGGCUGCAAAAGGGUCAAUUGUAUUCCAGCAGGGAAGGCCAUGCUCUUGUCAAGCACGUCGACACAGGCUAGUCAGCAAUUGUUUGUCCUGUGGCAAAAUAGUUUGUGAACAAGAAGGAGAAGGGCCUUGCCAUUUUUGUGGUGCACUUGUGUUAAGAGAGGGCAGCUCUUAUGCUGGUCUGGAAGAAAGUUUACCUCCCUUGUCAGAUGCCGAGGCUGCUGCUGAAGCUUAUGCAAAGAGGCUUGUAGAAUACGACCGGAACUCUGCAGCUCGUACAACGGUCAUUGAUGACCAAAGUGACUACUAUGAGAUUGAUGGAAAUAGUUGGUUGUCAAAGGAGGAAAAAGAACUGUUGAAGAAAAAGCAAGAGGAGAUGGAAGAAGCGGAGCGAGCCAAACGGAAUAGAGUUGUUGUAACUUUUGAUCUAGUUGGCCGCAAGGUCCUUGUGAAUAAAGACGAAGUUUCAGAAUUGCAGUCUGAAAAUAGAAUAUUACGUCCACAUGAUGAAAGGGAAGUAAACCGUAUCAAACCAAAUCCAACUCUGAAGUUUCAACCGGUUUUUGUGGACCUAGGCUUUAGUAAGAAGUCUGCUAAAGAUAAGCAAUCACAUAAAGGUAUAAGCAAGGGCUUGUGCUUAGAGAUUACUGGAAGAGUGCAGCAUGAUGGUGGUGACCAGAAGUAUUUAAUGAUGGAAAGCCAAUUGGCAACAGCUUCAAAUGAAAAUGUUUGGCAUGUAUCUUCAGGAAAUGGAGUGCACAUGGAAGAUGAUGGUGGAUGUUUAAUGAACUAUGAUAAGUAA